AUGGAUGAUAGUACGGGAUCACAUCGCGAUGAGAUAGCACCACGCGUAUUGAAAAAGACUUUGCAACUGAAAGCAAGGAAGCCUGACACUGAAAGUUUGAAGGUCUUGGGUCGAAUAUUGAAGAAGACACAAUGUUUAACUCUUGUUAGAAAAUAUGGGGAAAUUCUAGAUCUACUGGAAGUUGAUGUGCAAGUAGAUGCGAUCACUGCGGUUACUCAGUUUUACGACCCACCUCUGAGAUGCUUCACCUUUCGAGAUUUCCAAUUAGCACCUACUUUGGAAGAAUUCGAGCAGAUUCUGGGUUUUUCUUUGGAAAAAUAUGAGAAACCAUAUCGCUACUUGGGGCAUUAUCCUUCUUUGCAUACUAUUGCCGAUGUCCUCAAAGUUUCUGUGAAGGAUUUGCAAGAGAAGAAACAAAACAGAAAUGGGAUCGAUGGAUUUUCAAGAAAGUACCUGGAGGAACACCUUCACCACUUAGCUGGAAUUGAAGACUGGGAAGCUUUCAUUGAUGUGCUAGCUCUCACCAUUUACGGCAUUCUCAUAUUUCCAAAUGCUGAUGAGUUUGUGGACUUCGCAGCUAUAGAUGUGUUCUUUGCUCGCAAGUUUAGAGGUGAAAAUCCUGUUCCGGCCAUUCUUGCUGAUGUCUACUAUACUCUAAAUUUCUGUCAUGAGAAGAAAGGAAAAAGAAUUUUGUGUUGUUUGCCGAUGUUAUUCAUAUGGCUCACUGCCCAUGUCUUCAAAAGAGGAUACGAGAUCUCAUACCCCAUCACUGAGUUUCACAGAUAUCAGUUAGGAGUCAAGAGUGGUCGUGAAUGGGCCCAAAUUUUAGCACAGCUGGACGAAAAGAGCGUCCGAUGGUAUCCUCGAUGGGUCGAAAGAGAAAAUUUGAUCUACCAAUGUGGGGAUUUCCCCAAUGUGCCUCUCAUGGGUACCAGAGGGUGUAUCAAUUACAACCCAUCCUUGGCACGACGACAACUUGGCUAUCCUAUGAGAGGAGCUCCUACGGAGGAGAUGAUAACUCCAUUCGUCCUUUAUGAUAUGAACCCAGUACAUAAUGAGACCCUCAAAAGGGUUCGAGAUGCUUGGAACUAUGUCAUUAGAAUGGGGAAAGAGUUGAAGACCAAAAAUUGUGGAGUCCAAAAUAGUUACCGACAGUGGGUUACAAGUCGAGCACGAGAAGUGAAGCUACCUUUCCAAGCUCUGACAGUCACUACAAGUGGUGAAUCAUCAAUGUCUGCCUCCCACGACAACGAAGAAAUAAGAGAAAUACAAGGAGAAUUGGUGAGGGUAAGAAGAGAAGAAGAAGAUUGA